GCUUGAAAUAUUGCGUAACAGCUCAGUACAAGUCCGUCCGAUUUCGGAGCUGAGUAACGUAACUUAACCUUCAGAAAGUGUUUUCUUUGCUUAUUCAUUCAGUUCUCCAGUGUCACUAUGCCCUUGUUUAUCCGUCAUCUACCGAAAGAUGACACGAAAAGGCUCAAUUUUACGGGAUUUGUCAUGGUAGCAGCCGUGUCAUUUUGCAUUGUGAGCAGUCUCCAGCCCCGACAAGCCACGGCAUCCAGCCCUGAUGCUCCGGGUGGCAGCUCUGCUCCGGUGCCGUUGGAGGCCGAGGAGGAGCCUACUCGUGGGAGUGUCGUUAACAUCAUUGUGAUCGGUGGAACAGGAGAUCUGUCGACGAGAUAUCUGUGGCAGGGAUUUUUCAAUCUAAUCAAUGAAGAGAAGAACCAAGCCUUUCAUCUCUAUGCAGGAUCUAGGAUGCUUCAAGAAGAUGGAGAGAAGGAGAUGAAACUCAUCUUGGAGAGGAAUGUAUCGUGUAGCAAAGUCCCAGCUUCAGUUGCCAUGACACCAGAAGAGUGUGAGAGAGCUAAGGAGGUGUACAAAGAAAAGGUCACUUAUCAUAUGCUGAAGAAACCAGAGGACUACGUUGUUCUGUGCAGCAAUAUCCAACAUACGAUGCGGUCUGUGGGACUGAAGGAGGCCGGCAGGAUCUUUUACUUCUCGGUACCUGCCUUUGCCUAUGAAGGGAUUGCAGAAAACAUCAACAAAGUGUGUCGUCCAGCAGGUGAUGCCUGGCUGCGAGCAGUUUUGGAGAAACCUUUUGGACAUGAUACAGCAUCGGCCAAGAAGCUGUCUAGCGCCCUCAAGGAACAUUUAGCAGAGAAUGAAAUCUACAGGAUUGAUCACUACCUGGGCAAGACUGGAGUCCAGAGCAUUCUCCCUUUCAGGGCCCUCAACGAGAAGAAUUAUGGAGGCAUCUGGAACAGUGAGAACAUCGAGAGGGUCGAGAUAGUCAUGAAGGAGUCACUUGAUUCUAAAGGUCGCAUCUACUUCUACGACAAAUAUGGAGUGAUGAGGGAUGUGAUGCAGAACCACCUUACAGAGAUCAUGGCCCUGGUUGCCAUGGAGAUCCCUUCCAAUCUCAGCAGCAUCCAUGACUACCAGCGAGAGAAGCUUGCGUUGCUAAGCCAGGUUGAUCAUGUGACAGCAGAGCAAGCUGCAAUUGGUCAGUAUGAGAGUUACGUCGAUGAGUGGAGGGAGGAGAUGGACAAGGGCGAGGAUGACACAUCCAGCGUUCCGACGUUUGCUGGGGUUCUAUUCUUUGUUUCGAGUCCACGAUGGAAAGAUGUUCCGUUCCUGAUGCUGUCCGGUAAAAAGCUAGAUGAGAAACAGACAUAUGUUAGGAUCGUUUUUAAGAAUUCACACUUCUGCACCGUGACACCCAAUUAUGCUGAAGGCGAUCAUGCCUGCAGACAAAAGCAAAUCAUAUUUUUCAUUGGGUCUGGAAAUCAUCCAACCAUUGCUGUUAGUAGGGCGCUACGUAAACCGCAAGUCCCAAAGUCCUGGAGCAUUCCGGACCUUGACCCGGACACCAAUAUCCUAGGGUCACCGGUCAAAGACUUCUAUGCUUAUUCGGCUGGCGUAGAGUUGGAUGCUUACUCUGUGCUCAUCAAAGAAUGUUACCAUGGAAACAGGGAUAAAUUCAUUGGAAGUUCAGAGCUAGUGGCAUCCUGGGAUAUCUGGACUCCGUUACUCAGAGCGUUGGAAGACGUCCCUCCGAUGCGCUACCCAGGUGGCAAGGAAACCGGGCGAUGGCUCGACAUGGAGAUUCAGGGGAGGAGACUGAGGUCUUGUCACAAAAAUGAUAGGACAUGGAAUAUUGAAGAUUCAAACAGAUUUGGCAUGCCUUCCAUCUCGGGUAUCCCGGACACUUUCAGAUCUAACAACCUCUAUACUGGAAGCAAGGAGGAUACCGUGUCUCUGUUGGCGAAGCAUCUCCUGGUUGCGACCCAGUCUGCUAUCUCGUCUCAUGGCGCCUUUCACGUUGCCUUCCCUGGUGGGAACACACCGGAAAUGCUUUUUCUCCAUCUCUUCCUGCGCAUGAGACACACGUUUCCCUGGCGUGAAACACACGUAUGGUUGACGGACGAGCGGUGCGUCCCGCUCGAUUCCGAGCUUUCCAAUUUCAAUGUAAUCUACUCCAAACUCCUUCGGUACAUUCCUAUCCCAUACACGAACAUUCACCCCAUGCCUGUUCAGCUCGCUCACGGGUUAUGCAACUUGAAAGACGGUGGACCGGAACUAUACUCGGCUGAAAUAAAGCGACUUAUACCGGACCAACGAUUUGAUUUUGUUGUGUUAGGAGUCGGAGAAGAUGGCCACGUUGCUUCUCUUUUCCCUCACCAUGAAAUCCUUGUAGAUAAAACAAACUUUGUAUUAUUUUCUGACGGUGCCGUUCAGUCAAGUUCCCCUCGCAGAAUGACCUUGGGAUAUUCCACCAUUAAUAACUCCAGGAAUGUAGCGAUACUCAUAACGGGUGAGAGGAAGCGUUUUCUUGUUGAGAAAUUAAAGCAAACACAUUUUAAAAAUGCCACUGAAUUCCCUGUCCUUGGCGUAGCCCCUAAUAAUGGGACUCUCUCAUGGUUCAUAGAUCAUGAUGCUUUAGUUUGAUUGAGACUUUCAUUUUGUUAUUGGAACCAUGCAGUAGUGAAUAAAAUUACAGUCAAACCUGUCUACAGCGACCGCACAAGGGAAACUCGGAAAGUGGUCUUUUUAGACAGGUUCCUUUAGUACAUGUUUCAAUGAGAAACCAUUUUCAAGGGAAACAAAAAAUGUGCUUGUUGUGGACAGGUGGUCACUAAAGCAGGUUUGACUGUAUUACAUCUUGACUUUUCCCUCAUACAUGUUGCAAAUCACAUUGAAAUGAAUCCCUUUUCCCGUGGUAACCUAUUAGUCUUUUCAAUACUUUAUUUGUGAGUACUUGUUUGAAUCACUCAUUGGAGAAAAAGAGAAUGGGGGGGGGGGGGGGGGGUUACGUCCUUCUGUACCUGUAGAAAUAUGCAUAUUGUUUUUUAAGCACCUUGUUUUGCAUUCAUUGCAAAAUCAAAUACAAAGUAUUCAAAUAACAAUAACAGUAAAUUAAAUACAAUUGAAAUACACACAAAUAAAUACAUAUAUAUAUAUAUAUAUAUAUAAUUGAAAACUUGAAAAGUAAAUCGGACCAAUAAUGAGUGAGUUGUGCAUGUUUGAUAAGAGAGAUCGUUGAAUCUAUGUGAACCUCAAAUUGUCAAUUUCUUUUUUAAUGUGACAUUAGUCUCUGUUUUUGGGUGUACAAAAAAAUCAUGGUCUCUAUUUUGGCCUCUCCUUUGGAGCAGUAGUCAUGAUACAGUCAAACCUGCUUUAGAUUAGGUAUUCUAAAAAGAAAAGACCCUCUUGAUUCAUUCAUUUUGAUAAAGUUACUUAUAGUAAUUUUCGGUGUUGAAAAAAGGGCAAGUUGUCCGGUACAAAAGCCCUUUUCACACCAGAUCUGCGUAGAGUUGGGUAGUGUGGCGUACCGAGUACAUAUGUUUUAACAUGACCUAGGAAAAGAUAUUACAUGGAUAUCUUCAGAUGAGAAGAUUGUAAAUGUCAAUAUGAACAAUUAUCCUCUAUGGACAUAAUAAAGAAAUGAAAUGAAAUGAGAUGAAA